CACAGAAGCGCUCACAUAAGCUCAUCACUGCGCCCAACUCUCUGUCUCUCUCCUGCUCUCUCUGCCUGUCUCUCUGUCUGGAUAAUGUGCCCAGCCCUCCAGGGGACCCAGCCUGAGGCAAAGUCCACUCGGCUAACCCUCUGCUGGGCAGCCAGGGCUCCGCAUGGCCGUUACCCAGAACCUUCCUCGUCCAAUCCAGAGGGCACAUCGGUUCCGACGCGGGCAUUUCGGCAGGGCGCGGGAGCCGGGCCCUUCUGGCCUCCUCUGGGUGACCCGCCCGGUUGCAGCCGGUUUCGCCGUCCAGGUGCUGGGCCUGCUGGUGUGGGCCUUGAUUGCUGACACCCCAUACCACCUGUACCCGGCCUAUGGCUGGGUGAUGUUCGUCGCUGUCUUCCUCUGGCUGGUGACAAUCGUCAUCUUCAUCCUCUACCUGUUUCAGCUGCACACGAAGUUGUACAUGGUACCCUGGCCGCUUGUGUUAAUGGCAUUUAACACGGGUGCCACCGUUCUCUACAUCACGGCCUUCAUCACCUGCUCUGCUGCGGUUGAGCCUACCUCCCUGAAAGGCACUCGCCCGUAUAACCAGCGUGCAGCUGCCUCCUUCUUUUCAUGUUUAGCGAUGAUUGCCUACGGAGUGAGUGCUUUCUUCAGCUUCCAGGCCUGGCGAGGAGUAGGCAGCAAUGCAGCCACCAGUCAGAUGGCCGGCGGCUACGCCUAGACCACAGGCGCCUCACCCACUUGGGGUUGAAGGCUGCAGCUGGGUCACAGGUGCAGGGUGCCCUGCAAGUCAGAGGCUGGGCCCUGCCUGGAGUCAGCCCAGAAGGGACUGUGCUUGCUCCUCUCCGCUCAUCACCCGGGCUCUCGUCCAACACUCUGAAGGAAUCAGGACCCUUCCUCUGGCUUGGCCAAGGCGGCACAUGCGUUGGCUGCAAGGAUCCAAGGCCGAGACCCCCUCCCCAUCUCCAUUAUUCAGCAGGAGGUGAUGGGGGAUACAGGGCUCUGUCUCUGCUGUCUUUAGAGGAUUUCAGUGUCCAAGGCAGGGGCCCAGCCUCACCAGCACUAAAUACACUAACAAGGACUCCAGACCUGCAUCCCCGACCCCCAUAGAGUAAGCCUAACAAGCAACAUUAUUUAUCUUUAUCUCCGUCUUUGUUCUGGGCCCCCUGAGCAAGCUGAUGAAACCGGUCUGACUCCAGUGACCCUCCUCCAGGCCAACACGUCACGAGUAGGGAGACUUUGUAGAAAGCGGGUUAUGAUUUCUGACAGCAUGGUCUUUCCUGCAUUUCAGACGUUCUGGUUAUUUAACACAAAUUGGUUUUUAAGUGACUUCUCAAUGAUGAAAAUCUUCUCCAGGUUUCCCUCCCUUUCCCAAGCCCUUGUUUGUAAUCCUCCCUUUGGGAAAAGCUAACAUCAAUGCCGACUGCUUCCCCGAGACACUGCUGAUGAGGCACAGGGGACAUGGAGGGAGGAAUCAAGACCUGGCCUGAUGCGUUGUCCUGUGCUUGGGGGAGACUUUCUUGUUUUUUAUAAAAAUAAAGAUGGAAGAACUUAUUUGGAAAAGGUAUUGGGAGUCAUGGUUGUAGAUGCUUAUAUACUCCGGGACCCUGCAGGGUAAGUCAGCACGAAGGUUCCAGGUGCCUGUUAUAGUGCAGUCCAUUUCUGGAGCCGCUCAGCACCACCAGCCCCGGCUUCAGUCUGCAGUAGGCUGACCAGCUUCCUGCCUGCUUUGCCGGGGCAGUCCCAGGGUAUGCCAUUCGUCCUGGCAUAAACUUAGUAGCACCCUUUUUUAUUCUCAGUUGGCCAAUAAACCAUUUAGUUGUCUAAGGAAAACUUUAGGCAACUUAGAUCAUCUUGCUGAACUUAAGAUUGCCAUGUUACCUACUUUGAAAGUUUGUGAAAUUUAGUAGUAGUUUGUGAAAUGAGAGUGGCCAUAGUGUAGAGCUGGCACAGCAGGUGGGGUGGGCAGGGCAGCAGCAGGGAGGAAUCCUCCUGAGCUCAUUUUUCUGCUACCACAGAGCAGCAUACUCUGAAGGUAAGCCAAAGGCAUUUCUGGGUACCUCUUAGUUCUUUUUUUAAAAACUGGGAAUUAAAGUGUAACUACAGUAGUUCCACCUUACCGAGGUUUCAGUUACCCGGGGUCCACUGCAGUCCAGAAGCAGGUGAUCAUCUCAAGUAUGGAGAGAAGACAGCCUAACGCUGCCACAGUGCCCACGUUAUUCACCCCACUUCAUCUCAUCACGUGGGCAUUUUAUCAUCUUAUGUCAUUACAAGGGUAAGUAUAGAACAAGGUAUUUUGAAAGGGACCACAUUCACAUAACUUUUAUUGCAGUGUAUUGUAACUGUUCUGUUUUAUUACUGUUGUUGUUAACCUCUUACUAUGCCUAGUUAUAAAUAAAACUUUAUCAUAGAUA